CUCGGUUUGUAAGAUCCGACCCGUUACCAGUCCAGAACACCACCUCCAGCCCUCGAGCAUCAUCUGGCGAUCUCUUCAGCUCUUCUCCUUCGAUCUCCUGCGGAUCAAAGCUAGGGUUUUCGGAAUUUGAGGGUUUGAGAUAUUCGGAUUACUCUUGGAAAAAUUUGACGGUUUGAACAUUAAGUCUUGAGGAUGUCGGGGCAAGGGCAGCGCUUGACCGUGGUGCCAACUGUGACUAUGCUUGGUGUCAUGAAGGCACGGCUUAUUGGUGCUACGAGAGGUCAUGCCUUACUCAAGAAGAAAAGCGAUGCCCUCACAGUCCAAUUCCGGCAGAUACUCAAGAACAUUGUAACUGCUAAGGAGCAAAUGGGAGACAUCAUGCGGGCCUCUUCAUUUGCUCUAACUGAGGCAAAGUAUGCUGCUGGGGAGAACAUCAAGCAUGUUGUGCUUGAGUCAGUCAAGUCGGCCUCAGUCCGCGUUAGGGCCCGGCAGGAAAAUGUUGCUGGGGUGAAGCUCCCAAAGUUCGAACAUUUCACUGAUUCUGCUUCAGACACCAAGAAUGACCUUACUGGCCUUGCCCGUGGUGGCCAGCAGAUCCAAUCAUGCCGUGCUGCGCAUAUCAAGGCCAUUGAGGUUUUGGUCGAGCUUGCAUCCCUUCAGACCUCAUUCCUGACCCUGGAUGAAGCUAUCAAGACGACCAACCGUAGGGUCAAUGCUUUGGAGAAUGUGGUGAAACCUAGACUGGAGAACACCAUCAGCUAUAUCAAGGGUGAGCUUGAUGAGCUCGAGCGUGAGGACUUCUUUCGGCUGAAGAAGAUACAAGGUUACAAGAAGAGGGAGAUUGAGCGGCAGCUCCAAGCAGCAAAGCAGUUUGCUGAAGAGCAAUUCGCUGAGAAGAUAUCACUGCAGAAGGGCAUCUCACUCAACGCAGCUCACAACUUGCUCGGCGCUGAGAAGGACGAUGAUAUUAUCUUUUAAUUUUUGACGAUUCAAUCAACUGUGAACUUCUCGUAUUUGCAAAUUGAAGUAUCAGAAUUUUUUUGGGUUAAGGUAUUCGCGUGUCGCUCAGCAGAGUAAACUUAAUGGCAUACCGAAUAAAAAUUUCUGGCCUUUAUCCUUGCAAUGCCAGGAGUAUAUAUGAACUUAAGAUAAAGAUGUUUUUAUGUAUUAAUUUAUCCAGUGUUUCUUGCUAUUUGUAGUUUAGUAAGGAAUAAAUGUUCAUAACUAUGUUCAUGUAUCAGACCUCUGGUUUUUGGUGAGGAAGUGUUGGCUGUAUUCAUUUUUCCAGGUAAUAAUGUAUCAGUAUUGUUUUUGUUC